AUGGCGGGCGAGGCCACGUCAUCCAUCCUGCAGUUCGCCACGUGGCAGAGCUCCGUUGACGUGUCGUUCUGGGAGAAGCUCGCGUCGCUGAAGGUCGACUCGCAAGGCCUGAAAGAGGAAGACGUGGCAAUCCAUGGGAUGUCAGCAGCAUGGUGUCAGGCAGGGGUGCUACUGAUUCCCAGCACAGUGGAGUCGUUUCGGGCGUUUGACCGACGGAAGAUGAGGGAGGGAGUGGCACAGCAGCCAAUUCCCUGCCUUCUCUCUGCGCCCUCCCCUCCCCCCACCCACAUCUCCUCAGCUUUGGCAGGACGUUUUAUCUGGCAAGGCAGAAAGCAACCCAUCUCUCCUCAACGCGUUCUUCCUCCUCGUCUAUCCAGACAUCAAGCAUUGGCGCUUCCACUACGCCUUUGCCUUCCCUGCUCUCGCCCUCCCCGCCCCUGCCACACUUGCUGGCCCGCCUUUGCCUGCAACGCAAGCCUUUUCUCCGCAACUGGUGAGUGCCCCUAUUCUGUAACUCCCUUUCUUGCCUCAACUCACUUUGCUGCACCUUUGCGUGCGCGCCUCUCGCUUUCCCGGCUUCCUCCCUCCCCUCCUCUGCCAUCCUCGCUUUCCCGGCUUCCUCCCUCCCCUCCUCUGCCAUCCUCGCUUUCCCGGCUUCCUCCCUCCCCUCCUCUGCCAUCCUCGCUUUCCCGGCUUCCUCCCUCCCCUCCUCUGCCAUCCUCGCUUUUCCCCCUCUGCCUGCAACCCAGGCCUUCUCACUUCUAUUUUGGGGCAGAAGCUAUCGAGAAGGAGUGUGAGCGAUGGAGACAAGAAGGGAGUGGGAGGGGGCCAAGGGAAGUGGAAGCAGCUGCGUUGACUGGCGAAGCUGAGGGUCCCGAGGGAGGGAAAGAGAACGGAAACAAGAGGGCAGUUACGGACGGCGAAGCAGCAGAGAAUGGGGAAGUGGAAGAGGGAAGACAAGGAGAGAAAGGCAAUGAGAGCGCAAGUGGAGAAAUAAGAACAGCGGACAGCGCAGCAGCAGCAGCAGCAGCAGCCAUAGUAGGAGAAACUGCAUCGGAAGCCCUCUUAUCGGAGAAGGGUGCCCCUUUCUUCCUUCUCCAAAUAGACACCAGCGCCACUAAUACCAGCUCCGCACAUCCCUCAGUAACAGCACAUCCGUUAACAGAGUACCAGCGACUGGCAACCCCAAACGAAUCCCUCUCUUCCUCUUCCCCCUCCGCUCCUCCAUCUCUCCUCGUUGCGUUCUUCGACCCCUGCCAUCUGCCCCUCUCCCCCGGCUGGCCCCUCCGCAACCUGCUUCUCCUCGCCUCUCUUCGCUGGCAGGCCACGUCUCUCCACGUGCUCUGCCUGCGCCAGCGCCACGGUCGAAUCAGACUGCACCACUCGCUGCUGCUGCACGUCCAGAUACCACCUCCCCCAGCUGAUUGGCUGAACCCAAUCACAGCACCUGCCACGUGUCCAUCCGCCACUGGCUGGGAGCUGAACACCAAGGGUCGAACCGGGGCGCGGUGUGCUGACCUGGCGCCGCUGAUGGACCCGACCAGGCUGGCAGACGAGGCGGCAUCUCUCAACCUGAAGCUGAUGAGGUGGCGUGUGCUGCCACAGCUGCAGCUGGAGCGGUUGAAUGCAACCAAGUGUCUACUGUUAGGGGCUGGCACUCUUGGGUGCCAGGUGGCGCGCUCUCUCCUGGCAUGGGGCAUUCGCGACAUUACCCUCGUGGACUAUGGGGCAGUUUCGUAUUCUAACCCCGUACGACAGUGCCUCUUCUCUCUCAAGCACUGCCUGAAUGGCGGCGCUCCAAAGGCGCAGGCAGCAGCAGAAGCCCUCAAAGAAAUACUUCCCACUGCUCGUACAUCAGGCCAUCGCCUCGCCAUCCCCAUGCCAGGUCACCCCGUGUCUCCCUCCGAGGCGCCACGUGUGCAGGCUGACGUGACAGCCCUGCUGGCACUCGUCCGCCAAUCAGACGCCGUCUUCCUCCUUACUGAUACAAGAGAGAGCCGCUGGCUGCCCACCCUGCUAUGCGCAGCCGAGGGGAAGGUGGCCAUCAACGCUGCUCUUGGCUUCGACUCCUUCCUUGUCAUGCGCCACGGGGCUCCGCUGCUGCCUCUGCUUGACACGUCAGCUCCAGUAGCGUCUGAGUCAGCGCCAGCAGCGUCUGAGUCAGCACCAGCAGCGUCUGAGUCAGCACCUGCUGCUUCUGAGUCAGCGCCAUCCAAGCGCCUCGGCUGCUAUUUCUGCAACGAUGUCGUUGCUCCCCUCAAUUCCACAGCUCACCGCACGCUAGACCAGCAGUGCACAGUCACGCGCCCUGGCCUGGCAACCAUUGCAGGGGCUCUGGCAGUGGAGUUAUUGGUGGGGCUGCUGCACCAUCCCAUGGGAGUCGCAGCACCAGCAGAAGACACCAGUGCUGAUGGGGUUUCUGCCUCUGCUUCUUCCCACCUCUGCUCGCCUCUGGGUCCACUGCCUCACCAGCUGCGCGGCUUCCUCUCCUCCUUCUCCCAGCUGCCCAUCACUGGCUUCGCCUUCCACCAGUGUACUGCCUGCUCCCCUAUGGUGGUUUCAGCAUACAGGGAGCGUCGUUAUGCGUUCCUUAUGGACGCGUUUAACGAUCCCACAUAUUUAGAGAGGAUCACAGGCUUGGAUAAGCUGCAUGCCGCCACUGUAGAGAUUGAGGUCGAUUGGGACGAUAGUGAGGAUGACAACAGUGAGGACUUCGGGGAAAUAGUGAGUGAAUGA